GGAAGGGAAAGGGGAACGGGGAGUUGCUCGAUAACGGUCCGCCGCACAUUGGUUGGCUCGCUUGGGCCACCGAGUGAUCUUGGAUGUCCGCUUAUCAGCCACGUCAAUGCAGCCAGCCGGCUAGCCAACGUUACAUAGAGUGGUUAACGCUUACUCUGCCAACCACCAUCACCAUCAGCACUGCAGCCCCACCCAUAAUCCACCACACCCCUCCCACCGAACAGGGGAUCUUAACACACGUUUCUCCGAAGCCGGCCUCUGCAUCCGAAGCACAGAAACAGCGCACAGCGGCGGCGGUGGUUGUGUCGGUAUCGGUGGUGGUGGUGCUGGUGUUGGUGGUGGUGGUGGUGGCUGUCAGGAAACACGUCUAUUCGCUUCGUUCCUUGCCACGCCUAUCUGCAUCUAACCAUCAUCUCCAACAUUCCAGAAAAAAACGAAGAAUUCUUCGUGCAUGUGUUAGAGUGUAUCGUAUCUGCUAGGCCCCGCCGCCAUACCUAUCUAAAUACCGCUCCUCCCCCCCGCCCCACUAUUGGGUGUUGGAUUCUGCUUUGCUGCUUGACACAGGACACCCGAUAUAUAACUCAACGACGCCGCCCCGCUAGCUCCUCGCCAUC